ACGGUGAAGCCGAGAACGCACCAAGGCGUGCACACCCCGACCGCUCAAGCCCCCAUUUCAACAUCACCCAACGGGAACGAAGCGAUCAUUAGGCAGAGGGCCGAGACUUGACCGGAGUCCACGACAUGCAUCUCAGCGAUGAGGACCACGCCGUUCGUCGCAGAGACCAAGCUCGCGUUCCAACACCAAUCAUGCUGGACGAAGCGAUCAUCCGAGACGAGUGCAAAACUUGGUCGUGGUCGCCGACGUGCAUCUCAAACACGAAGGCGAUCAUGACCAAUGUUCGUUCGAGACGCAGGUGAGGCGUUUACGACGUGGCUAUCCAUGCCAAGGUCAAGUUCAGGUGGACGAAGCUCGGCCGGAGUCAGCGAUGUGCAUCUCGAAGACAAAGAUUGUGACAAACCGUGGCGUGCGCAACGCAGCCGCAAAUGCCAAGGUCAAGAUGGAACACCAUUUCAAGGCAUCGCAGGCGAUCACCAGGCACAAAGGCGGCGGGCGAGACUCGGCCGGAGUCUUCGAAGGCCAUCUCGAGGAUGCAGCCUGCGAUGCCACCGUGGCGUUUCGCAACACAACCGCAACUGUCAACGCCAGGUUCCAACACCAUCCGAAGAGCACAGUCGCGGAGGUAUGACAAGCGAGCCGCCCUCGUCCACAAGGCUGAGUCCAGACGUCCAACCACGUGGUUUUGACCACGGUUCGACCUACUUGCAUCAUGAUGUGCGGUUCAUCCCAAGCCAACGAUCCGCAGAUACUCAAGCCACAGCCUGCACUGUCAUGACUGCAGAGCUGAGCGAUGGAUGGAUCUGGGUCUAGACCACGGAUGGGCGUUAUAGAGAAUCGGCGAAGGCUUACCAACAAAUGUCGAGGAAUCGCGUUGGAAUCGAAUAAUUCCCCGAGAUCACCAACCACCCUUCCAAC